AUCAGAAAUGGCACUCAUCACAACCAACCCAUACGACUUCCCCAUGAUCAGCAUGGGUCAGAUCACCGUGGCCAGCAUUGAUGAUAAAGUUGAGCUGGAAGCCACUGAUAACGCUAUUGACAUCUUGGGCUUCACUAAUGAAGAGAAGAUGGGCAUUUACAAAUUGACUGGUGCUGUGAUGCACCAUGGUAACAUGAAGUUCAAGCAAAAGCAGCGUGAGGAGCAGGCUGAGCCUGAUGGCAAUGAGAGUACGUAUUUGGUGAUACAAAUGCCCAACAAUAGUAAAGCUCAAGCACACACUAUUAUCUUUUAAAUGCUUACAAUGCAACAUACAUAUUGUUUUAAAUACA